CCUUUGAAAAGAUUCUCUCUUUUGUGUAGGACCCUUCGCUUCUGCGGCUGUCGCUGCUGGAUUUCCUCCCUGAUGCAGAAGCUGAUGUCUUCCCCGAGUUGAUAGAGCUGGUACACCAAGCUUACCUCUCCAGGGAGCUGGGAGAGGAAGAGCUGAAGAUGCUGGCGGCAACCUACUGCGGUCUGGCUGCCCAUGUGAGUAUUAGGGAACACAUGACAUCACACAGGGUGGAGGAGGAAUGCUUUGGAAGAGGAAGGGUGGUGUUUAGACUGGCAUGCAGCAGAGAUGUUCUGGCUUCAGGAAGGUGUUCCACUGGAGCACCUUCUCUUGGAAGCCUGCCUGGAAAACACAGGGGGAGAGUCCCCCCUGCCCCCAGUCUGCCCCCGGAGGAGGAUAGGGGGCUGAGCAGCCUCAAAACACCUUGGUGGACAGGAGAAAGGAAAGUGAUCUGAUGAGAAACACAACCUCUGAUCUUUUCUGCCUACAGGAGGAAGCCUCCGUCCGGGCAUCAGCCAUCCAACAUCUGGGGCUGCUUCGGGGCUGGGCGAGAGACCAAAGGCUUCCCAUAACAACAACAACAGAAGAAGAAGAAGCCAUUAAUGAACUGGUCGUCGUCCUCCUUCACCUCGAAGACGAGGACGAGGUGGCCAAGGCCGCAAGGAGGGCUCUUUCCCAUCUAGCCCCACAAGUGAAGUGGUGGGCACAUCCCAACAAAUUUAGCCUCCACUUUGCUCUCCACCAGGCUGCCAAGCAUCUGAGCAAGACUUUCAGCAAGAACAUCCUUCGGAGUGCUGCCUUGACAUGUAUGAAGCCGUCUGCCAACAGGCUGCCAGCAGUCUCCAGGGUGGCAGCUCUGCUUCUGGGUCAUCUGGCUUUCCGGGAUGCCAGUUUCAUACACAGUCAAGACAUGGCAUCCUACGGCACAUGGCUGGAAGAGAUGCAGCAGCACGAGGAAGAAGGGCUCAGGCGGACAGGGAGGAGCUGCCUGAACAUCAUGCAGCGGGCCUGUAAACAUCGGCAGAAAGGCAGGGUCCAGCGCCUUGUGAGGAGGCUGCUCCAUUGUGUUCACAGGGAACCUUACCCACGGGACUUCCUGAGCUGCAUGCCAGAACAUCCGCAGUCGCGCCAGGCCAAGGGAACAUGAACAUCAGAGUUGUGCUGCAGAGAUACCAUCUUCUGCUCUCCACGGUAUCCAGUCUGGACCAGCGCCAGGAACAUCAACGCCACCAGGAUUGACCAAGAGGAGUGGUGCUGCCCUCACGACCCCCCCCCCCAAUACAUAGCGGUAGGAAAUCUUUUUGUUGUUGUUGUGUUUCUUGUUGAUGUCGUUUUUGAUUGUUGAGGGUUUAUUUCACUGAUUGAUUUUGAAUCUCAGUAUGGUUCACAACACCAAGUUCCAGCAUACAAAGCACAAAAUCCAUAAUAAGAAUAAUAGGUGUGCAAAAAUCAUAAUAAAAAUAUCAGAACAUAACAUAAAUUAAAAUAAUAAAGACGUAAUAAAAAUAGCCACAAGACUAAUACAAAAGCCCCAAAACAACACCCCAGCCCACAAAUCCAAAAUCUAAAUCAACAUAUCACAUUUAACAACCAUUUAAAACAACCCCACCCUGCAAAUCAAACAGCACCCACCCAAUUUAAAGCCCCAUCCUUGUUAAAACAGUAAUGUAAUCACAAGGGGGCUGGCCCACAAUCUGGUCUCGCCCCCUAAGU